CCACUGAGCCACCAGGGAACUCCUUGGUCUGCGUGACUGUGGACACCCAGAGGGAGCCCAUGGGCAGGAAGGGACUAGAAUCCUGUGGCUGGACUCUCCUGGUCUGCCCUGGGGAGACUGGCCUGGCCACUCUGGACCCGGCUUUGUCGUGAGAAGUAUCGGGGCCAGCCUGGGCCCUCUCACUCCAGAGCCAUGGUGUGGACAUCUGCUAGGUGGCCAGUGGGCAGUGUCCAGGUGGCCUGUGUCUGCCUUUGGACAGGUCGAGGAUCACCGUCCACCAUGGUGAGGCUGAGCUGCAGCUUCGGGAAGUCAAGCAAAGACUCGGGGGACCUGGAUGGGGCCGCCAUGGACAGCGUCCCUCUGAUCAGCCCCCUGGACGUCAGCCAGCUCCAACCAUCCUUCUCCGACCAGGUGGUCAUUAAGACGCAGACGGAAUACCAGCUGUCCUCUGCGGACCAGCCCAAGAAGUUCUCUGACCUGGAGGCCCAGAAGCUGAGCGGCAACCCCCUGGAGGACGGGCGGGGCAGGAUGCCCACAGGGCGGAUGAUCGCCUUCACCAUGGCGCUCCUGGGCUGCGUGCUGAUCAUGUACAAGGCCAUCUGGUACGACCAGUUCAGCUGCCCCGACGGCUUCCUGCUUCGGCACAAGAUCUGCACCCCGCUGACCCUGGAGAUGUAUUACACCGAGCUGGACCCCGAGCGCCACCGCAGCAUCCUGGCGGCCAUCGGGGCCUACCCAGUGGGCCGCAAGCACGGCACGGAGACGCCAUGGCUGGCGAACUACCACGCCUUCAAGGAGGUGCCCAAGGCGCGCGCCCGGCCGGGCGCGGUGGCGGUCACCGAGCCCUCGCGAAAGCCCUCUGGGAAGCCCUCCGGCAAGGCCUCCGCGCCGGGAGAGAAGGAGGCGGCGCAGAAGGUGGAGGGGAGCGCGCCUCCCCCAACCCCUCAGUGACGGCCCGGGCGCCAGUGGCCCGCCCGGGUGGGCCAUGGGGGGUCUUGUGCCGCCCCGCCGUGCCGGCUCUCACCCCUUCGUCCCUCUGUCACCGCGGCACCUCAGCCGGCACCUCCGAUGGUCCUCGCCGGACUCUCUCCCCGCUGUGGUUGUGCCCCCGCUCCCAGGCCCCCUCCCUGACGCCCCCGCCGUGGACCCUCUAGCGCUGCCGCUUUUCUCUAAAUAAAGAUCCCCAUCCACCUGG